AUGUCUGACGUUCAAGCACCAGUGAAAGCUGCCGCCAAGGCCCAAAAGAAAGUCGCGAAGAAGGAUAAGAAAGUCGCCACCGAACCAAUCAAGUCUGUCCAAGUCUUUGGGAAGAAGAAGACCGCGAUUGCCGUUGCGUUGUGCAAACAAGGCAAAGGAAUGAUUAGAGUGAACGGUGUUCCAUUGGACUUGAUCCAGCCACCAAUGUUGCGAAUCAAGGCGUUCGAGCCCCUCUUUGUCAUUGGAAAAGAGUACUACGCCCAACUUGACUUGAAAAUCAGAGUCACUGGUGGUGGACAAGUCUCACAGAUCUAUGCCAUCAGACAAGCAAUUGCAAGAGCUUUGAUCGCUUACCAACAGAAAUACGUCGACGAGACUUCAAAGAACCAACUCAAGGCUAAGUUCUUAGAGUACGACAGAACUCUCUUGGUCUCUGAUCCAAGAAGAUGUGAAACUAAGAAAUUCGGUGGUCCGGGAGCUAGAGCCAAAUACCAGAAAUCUUACAGAUGA